GUGGCGGGUGUCACGAUGGCCCCCGAAAGACAAACACGUGGAGUACGGAAUCAUAGUGGCGAGAAAGAAAAAGGAGGGGUGAGAAGGGGAGGAAAGGAAGAGAGAAAGAGAGAGAAAGAGAAAGAGAGAGGCAACGACGACAGUGACGCUGACAGCAGCAGUAGCGAUAGUAGCGGCGUCAACAGAGACGACAAUGAUGAUGCUGAUGACGACGACAACGAUAACAAUGUCUACCAUGAACGGCGCUCGCACCGAACUAGGGAGAAGAAUUUAUGAAAGAA